AUGUUGUGGGACUUUGCUGACAGCGGGGAGAGAGGCUGGCUAGAGGGGACCAGAGACCUGGCCAAGGUCAUGGAGCUGCAGGUGGCCCAUGGGGAUGUUUCAUUAGCCCUAGGAAGGGCUGUGACAUUUUGCUUUUUUUUUUUUUUUUGGUCUUUUUUCUUGCUCAGCUUCAACGUGUUCCGGGGCGGGGACGGAGUGGCUGGGGCCCGCUGGCAGUGGCGCAAGGGCUCCCCUAGGGCUGCAGGCAUAUGCGUGGAUCUGAUGGGGUGGCCAGUGGCCAGGCUGGCCCCCCUCCUCCUCCUCCUGAUGUCCAGGCAGGGUGCUGCCUGCAGAACCAGUGGGUGCUGUUUUCAGGACCCUCCAUAUCCGGAUGCUGACUCAGGCUCAGUCUCGGGCCCCAGGGACCUGAGCUGCUAUCGGAUAUCCAGUGCCAGUUACGAGUGCUCCUGGCGGUACGAGGGCCCCAUGGCUGGGGUCAGCCACAUCCUGAGGUGCUGCCUUAGCUCUGGACGCUGCUGCUACCUCACUGCAGGCUCGGCCACCAGGCUGCAGUUCUCUGACCAGGAUGGCGUGUCUGUGCUCCGCACUGUCACACUCUGGGUGGAAUCCUGGGCUGCAAACCGUACGGAGAAGUCACCUGAGGUCACCCUGCAGCUCUACAGCUUGGUUAAAUAUAAUCCUCCCCUGGGAGACAUCAAAGUGUCCAGGUCAGCGGGGCAGCUGCGGAUGGAGUGGGAGACCCCAGACCACCAGCACGGUGCUGAGGUACAGUUCCGGCACCGGACACCCAGCAGCCCAUGGAAGUUGGGCGUCUGCAGACCUCAGGAUGAUACUGACUUAGAAUCCUGCCUCUGCCCCGUGGAGAUGAAUGUGGCCCAGGAAUUCCAGCUACGACGGCGGCAGCAGCUCAGGCCAGGGACCCCGGGAGGUCCCUGGAGCAGCUGGAGCAGCCCUGUGUGCGUCCCCCCUGAAACCCUCCAACAGCCCGAGGUGAAGUUCUUGGUGGAGCCGCUGGGCCAGGAUGGGAGAAGGAGGCUGACCCUGCAUGGGCAGCCACCUCAGCUCGAGCUUCCAGAAGGCUGCCACGGGCCCUCACCUGACGUGAAGGUGACCUACCGCGUCCAACUGCACAUGCUGUCCUGCCUGUGUAAGACCAACGCCAAGAGGACCCUGCGCCUGGGGAAAAUUCUCUUCCUCUCGGGUGCUGCCUAUGAUGUGACUGUCAUCUCCUGGAAUCGCUUUGGCCCCGGCCCCAACCAGACGUGGCACAUUCCUGCCUAUGCCCACACAGAAACAGGGAUGCUCAAUAUCAGCAUUGGAGCCGAUGGGACCACCAUGCGUUGGCCAGCCCGGGCUCAGGGCACGACGUACUGCAUUGAGUGGCAGCCCCAGGGCCAGGAUGGGAGCGUCGUCAGCUGCACUUUGACUGCACCCAAGAACCAGGACCCAGCUGGAAUGGCAACCCACAGCUGGAGCCGAGCAUCUGGGGCAAUGGGGCAGGAGGAAUGUUACCGCAUCACCAUCUUCGCCUCCGCACACCCAGAGAAGCCCACCUCAUGGUCUACGGUCCUGUCCACCUACCACUUUGGGGGCAAUGCCUCAGUGGCGGGGACCCCGCACCAUGUCUCGGUGAAGAAUCACAGCCUGAACUCGGUGUCUGUGGACUGGAUGCCGUCCCCGCUGAGUGCCUGUCCUGGUGUCCUGAAGGAAUAUGUCGUGCGCUAUCGAGAUGAGGACAGCAACCAGGUGUCAGAGAGCACCGUGAAGCCCACAGAGACCCGAGUCACCCUCCACGGUUUGCGUGCGGGCACAGCCUACACGGUACAGGUGCGAGCGGACACAGCAGGGACGCGCGGUGCCUGGAGCCAGCCCCAGCGCUUCAGCAUUGAAGUCCAGGUCUCCUAUUUGUCCAUCCUCCUUGUGUCUCUGGGGAGCUUCGUGAGCAUCCUUCUCCUGGGCAUUCUUGGGUACCUCGCCGUGAACAGGGCUGCACGGCGCCUGUGCCCACCCCUGCCCACACCCCGCGCUAGCUCUGCCAUCGAGUUCCCCAGCAGCCAGGGGAAGCAGACUUGGCAGUGGACCAGUCCCACCGACUUCCUGGAAGAGGUGACCCCGCAAGAGGCCCUGGUGGUGGAGAUGUCCUGGAACAAAGGCAAGGGGACCGAGCCUUUCACGGAGAAGAAAGAGCUGCCCUGGGGCAUCCCUGAGCCGGCCCUGGAUACAGAGCUGUCCUUGGAGGACAAGAGACACGUGCAAGGACACUCUGAGGCCGAGGUCCUAGGGUCUGGGGGAGAUCGGAAUGGCGCCCCCGUAGCCCUCAAUGUGAGACGCUGUGGGCGGGUCACCUUGUUCUCCUGGGCUCGCUUUGCCCAUCUGCAACUCCAGAAAAAUGACAACGCCAUGCCGCUAGGGUACUCGUGUCUGAGACUGCACCACGGGGUGCAAGGAAUGGGUGCAGGGCCCAGCUUCAGCCCCCUCUGUGUAUCCCAGCCAGCCACCUCCUAG